AUGGACCCGUUCUCCCAGUUUCUUGUUUCUAGAGGGAUUCGACGAACUGUAAAGGACUUCAACUCCCUCCACACACCACGAGAAGAUACUCCAGCUGACCAGGAUGAAGAAAUCUUUGACUUUCUCAGUUUGGAAACGAACGACGAUGCUGACACCUUCUAUCGAGACCGGCGGGAAAGCUUCAAUAGUGCCAUGCAAACCAUCGACACUGAUGGCAUCGACGUGAAUGCUGAAACCAAUGGUUCUACUAUCACACGGCCCAUUCUACGCAUUGAUCCUGACCUAGAUCUUGGUGUUGAUUCUUCCACUGAUACAAACUCAGACUCUGAUACUGACACCUACGAUCGGUACGAAUACUCCCUUGCCAGUACUCGUCCUCCUUUGGUAGUAUCUUCCACAAACCGGCAUGCUGCUUCUUCGUACGCCCGUCUUUCAGUACACUCGUCAGACCGAAGACAACAGCUUCUCAAUCACCAUGAACUCGCAGCUCCAGACGAUCCAGCCCUUACGACGGUAAUCCCCCACUCGGUAGAGAUGCUCCUCCAACGUCAGCCGGCCUCCAAAUUCACUGAGUCGCUCCAGCUCUCGUUUGUGGGUUCAUCUCGUUUGUCACAUCAUCAUGGGGCUCGCAAAUAUAAAAACAACCUAGCGGUAGCCACUCAAGACUUCUACAUCACCGCCUGUGGAUCAGAAAUCUUGAUGUACGAGUACUCUGAUGGAGCGUAUUUCACCCCUGCACUGGACCCAAUACUACGUUUCGAUACUAAGCCUCAUGUCACUUCGACAGCUGACCGGUUGGUAUCGACAUGGCCUUACUUUCCACAUACUCUCAAUUACGUGAGGACCGCCUGGUGGCCGUUAGAAAGUGCCGGCACUGUCGACUCUUCUACUAACAUACUUGCGGUGUGUGCGGAUGAUGGAGUGGUGAUGCUCUACAGUCUCGCCUCCUUGUCGUCGGCUACACGAUCUCCUGCUGCCAUUUCUGCGUCUCUGCAACCCUUUCAACUUGCAAUACGUCCUGACUUUCGUAUUCGGCUUGAAGCUAGUGCAUGGGGUCUUGAUUUCAUGUCUUAUUCUCAUGAACAACGGCAUUAUCACCUCAUUGCCGCUUCUGAUAACUCCCAGUGUGUAACGUUAUUGGUAUACAUAGAGCUGGACCAACAAUUUCACCACGUUAAAAGUCAUCAAAUCCUCCACAAUAUUCCAGAUGUCCUGUUUGUAGGACAUGGUGUAUAUUCAGAUGACACUCACUACGUUGAUGUUUCCUGUUGUCUGAUUUCAGGGGAAGUGGUGAUAUUCCGGUUCGAAUUUCGUAUUGCAGAAGGUCCACUUUCUUCUGAGUCAGGCCCAGAGUCUACAUAUGAUGUUGAUCCAACAAUGCAUCGACUCGAGCCUCCACUCCCCCGUUUCCGCCGAAUUCAGUUCUUCCAUCCUCGAGUCACCAAUCGAGUUCUUUUGAAGGAGGACUCCUGGACUACACGACCAGUUCUUCCAAAGUUUUUUCUUGCCGUAGACUCGUUAGCAGAAGUGUUUGGGGGUUCCAUAAGUGCUGAUACUGAGCUACGAAUUUUGGCAGAACUGGAGAUAUUGGCCAAAAAGGCGACAUCCGAAGAAGCUCAAUCCCAAUCUCAACCUAGUGCUGGAGGAGAGAUGGGGGAUACAAGAUUUGGAAUGGCUGCACUGUUCCAAUACUUCGAAUGCCCAGUACUCUCAUUUGAUCCACUUACCCGUUCAGAUAGGCUUACGACUGUCGACGAUGACUAUCGUCGUCUUCACAAGGUAUACAACAGAAUUGACCGUCAGGGCAUUGAUCUUUCGUCUUCAUCAUCGGAGCCGCUUCUAGUGAUAUCUACCUCCAAGAAAAUGGCCCUUCUACUUCCGGGUCUCUUCUGCACCUGUUCUAGUCCGACACUAUUCGAUCUUGUGAUUCCUGCUAACGACGAUUCUCAACACUCCAACAGAAUCUCCAUAUGCCAUGUUAUCCCCGAGCUCUCGUGCGUGGUGGCUGCGAGCCAACAAGGGCUUGUGCUGAUACUCCGUCUAACUCAACAUCGAGGAGUUUUUGGAAUGCGUCAAGAAUACCUUUUUCCCAACGCAGUGGCCCUCGCCAUAGGCGAAGAUGGUUAUCGUACUAUCACUGCUAUUGCUCCUCGUAACGUUUCAGCUGAUCCCAAUUGCCCAAGGAAUAUCAUUUACAUAAACUAUUCCGAUGGGUUUGUUCUUGCAUACGAAUUAUCCCGUACAUUGGUGGACUUUUCGAUCUGAAGAGUCAUUUUGCUGGUCGAAAUAUUUCAGCUGUUAUUGCAUCCACUAUUGCAAGUUCCUGUUGCAAAAUUCUCUCAAUACUUCACGCUGAACCGCGUUUUAUUAGUACAUCCAAAUAACUUCACGUUAAUCUAUAGAAAAUCAGCCGUUUUCCCCCG